AUUGCUCUGAACGUAAUCUCAUUUAUGGAGUGCAAAAAAAAAAAGGACUUCAGGUCAGGGAGAAUGUAUAAAUGUCCAUCGCCAUCAAGGUUCUGCCACAUUUGAGAAGCAGAAGCAACUCCAAGGACACAGCUCACAGGCUGAUUUGGUUCUCGGCUCCAAAAUACGGACUGACUUGGGGAUAAUUUCUAGGACACUCUGGCCGAUAACUUUGCAGAGACCCCGUGAAGGCGACAGUGAGGGGCCUCUGAUCGCAGACCUAUAUUAUACUUCCCCAACAUGUGCAGUGGGGGCUGUGCCAAGUGCCUGGGGGGCACCCUCAUCCCCCUCGCCUUGUUUGGCUUUUUGGCUAACAUCCUGUUAUUUUUUCCUGGAGGAAAAGUGAUAGACAACAACGACCACCUUUCUGACGAGGUCUGGUUUUUCGGAGGAAUAUUAGGAAGCGGGGUGUUGAUGAUCUUCCCCGCUCUGGUGUUCUUGGGCCUGAAGAACAAUGACUGCUGUGGGUGCUGUGGCAACGAGAGCUGUGGGAAGCGCUUCGCGAUGUUCACCUCCACAAUAUUUGCUGUGAUUGGAUUCUUGGGUGCUGGAUAUUCAUUUGUCACCUCGGCCAUCUCAAUCAACAGGGGUCCUAAGUGUCUCAUGGACAACAGCACGUGGGGCUACCCCUUCCAGGAAGGGGAUUACCUCAAUAAUGAGGGCUUAUGGAGCAAGUGCCACGAGCCUGUCAACGUGGUGCCCUGGAAUCUGACCCUCUUCUCCAUCCUGCUGAUCGUAGGAGGGAUCCAGAUGCUUCUCUGUGUCAUCCAGGUGGUCAACGGCCUCCUGGGGACCUUGUGUGGGGACUGUCAGUGUUGUGGCUGCUGUGGGGGAGACGGACCAGUUUAAAUCUCCUUGAUGAGCUGCUCUAACUCGACGGCAUGUAGGACAUUACAUUAGACUUAUUCUUAUUAGAAUUAUAUUAUAUUAGACUUAUUCUUCCUGGGGUUGGCAAUUCCUAUCUGCGUCCUAACUGACAAAGCUUUGGGAGAGCAGAGUUGUUCCUUCCACUUUCCAAGCAACUUAGCUCAACUCAGAUUUUUAUGCUAUUUUCAAAUAAAAAAUUGUUCAGCCACUUAAGUUAGGUUUAUAUAUCUUUCAGACUCGCUUCCUUCUAGAAUUGAAGAACAGGUUCAAAGCAGAGUUAUCAUGAUUUGUUUUGAGGAAAAAAUGUGUCAGGUUACACACACUGCCAUACUGCUUCUUUGUAUAUAGAGAUGUUUAUAUCUUUGGAAGUUUUACAUAAUUCAACGGAGGAA